GGUAGAUGUCGCAUGUCCGUCGGGCAAACGUCACGAGGCAACAGCACGUGCAUUAGUGCACUUUGCAUGCCAAUUAGCUCAUUCUGACAUAUGAUUGGCUGAUGUUAUCAACACACCCCCGACACACCGCCAAUACGCCCUCGAGCGUGGCGGAACAUAAACAGUCGUGCAUAAUUCAUGAGUUCAUAGCAAAGAGAAGUCUGGCGUACGUCGGAUUAUUUGAUCGUUAACUUGAGUGCGAAAAUGUUUACGAGAAGCUUAAAAUUGGGUCACUUGGCUUGUGUGAGUGAAAAUGUCCUCGGGAAAAGCCGUUCGUUUUACUCGGCCGUCAAGAAGGAUUCGCCUCGAAUUUUAAUCACUGGAAGUUUAGGACAACUUGGACGAGGCCUUGCAAGAAUGCUGAGAGAAAAGUAUGGAAGAGAUAAUGUCAUCAUGUCAGACAUUGCGAAGGCAUCUUGGGAUGUUUUGGAAACUGGUCCAUACUUGUAUGCUGACAUUCUGGACUUAAAAAACCUACAGUCCAUUGUAGUCAAUGAGCAAAUUGAUUGGUUGGUGCAUUUCAGUGCCAUUCUAAGUGCUGUUGGUGAACAGAAUGUGUCCCAAGCUCUACAAGUGAAUGUUGAGGGUGUCCACAACAUCUUUGAACUGUGCCGCAGAAACAAUUUAAGGCUGUUUUGCCCGAGCACAAUUGGAGCAUUUGGUCCUGAAACCCCAUCAAACCCAACUCCUGAUCUGACAAUUCAGAGGCCUAAAACAAUCUAUGGUGUAGCUAAAGUUCACAUGGAGCUUUUGGGAGAGUACUAUCAUCACAAGUUUGGUUUGGACUUUCGCUCUGCAAGAUUCCCAGGAGUCAUCUCAGCAGAAACUGCCCCAGGGGGUGGUACUACUGACUAUGCUGUCCACAUUUUUCAUGAGGCGCUAAGAACUGGAAAAUACAAAUGUUAUCUGCGCCCUGAUACUAGAAUGCCAAUGAUAUAUCUCCCUGAUUGUCUGCGAGCGACUGUCGAGUUGCUAGAGGCACCUGCAGAAAAGCUAAACAUGCGCACAUACAAUAUCAGUGCUAUAAGCUUUACACCUGAAGAACUGGCAGAUGAGCUGAAGAAGUUUAUCCCGACACUGAAAAUGGAAUAUGAACCUGACGAAAGGCAAGCCAUAGCUGACAGUUGGCCCCAGGUUCUGGAGGACAGUAAUGCAAGAAAGGACUGGGCCUGGCGGCAUGAGUAUGACCUCAAUGCCAUGACAGCAGCCAUGCUGGAGGCGUUAGCUCCAACAGGAAAAGUUACUGCAGUGGUGCAAUGAACACUUUGAAAUAAUAUGACAUGCAGUUGAGAAUUGUCACAACACUGCACUGGGUUCUUGGAGUAUUUUAUUGGGCAGCUCCCUCAAAGGCACAUUUUCCCAUUGAAUGAUGAUGUUCCACACAUAAACUGAUGGAACAAUUAUUAUUAUAAUUAUGUACUUCCAUUUUAAUGCGGUAUUCCCUGCAAAUGUUUGACUGUGCAGGUUAAAAUAGUUUAUAUGCAUCAGUAUUUCUGCAUCAAGUAUACUUAAAGUUUGCUUGCAGUGUAUUUAAUUAAUUAUUCUAGUCUUCACAAAUUUCAUUUAACUUGACAACUGUUCCAUGCCACAUUGUUACAAAUCAUGUUUUUAAAAUAUCUGACAACUCAUUGAAUUGUUAUUUUGUUUUUAGCUAAGUUAUCGGUAUGUAAUUUUCUGCUGUACCACACAGGGCUUCAGUUUCCAAACUACAUGUAAAAUGGCCAUUUUAAAAUGUCUUGUUAGAUAAUCAAUGUUUUUAGUUAAAAGAAAUUAGAGUUCAUAGUUUCAAACUAAAUUAGAACAUUAUGCAGUUGACCAUAGUUUAAUGUUUGACUAAAAUUUAUGUACAAAUUAACAAAAAUAUAGUUUUGGUGUGUGGAAUAAAUAUAUCAAGCAUUUCAAAAUGCCUAUUUAUGCUACUUCAUUGUUGUCAAAAAUACAAUGUGUGGCCCCAGAAAAUAUCUAUUUCUUCCCCAAGGAGGGUUGUUAGAAAUUCCUAGGGUGAAAAGCCAAAAUUUUAAAAGGAUGAUAUGAACUAGAACUGGAAUUUCCAGAUGGAUGGGUUGUUCAAACCAAAAAACCAUCCAUGGGAGUUAGGGGUGUGGAUAUUUUCUGGAACAACACAACAAACAUUUUAUAUUGUGUUGUUCCAAGAGUAAUGCCUCUUCCUCUUGCAGGUGUUUUUUAAUCGAUCUCCCACCCACCCCACUGCAGAUUACAUGUAUAGUCUCUGACUUAAAAGACAUUGGAUUCUCAAAGUCCCCUCUUGGUCCCCUCUUGUUCAGACCAAAACCUUCCAUGGAGUUGGUAUAGAUGUUUUCUGGAAUGACACAUUAAUUUUGAUUGACAGUAAUAGGACAGAAUAUUUUUUUUUUAAUUGGUGAGUUAGAUGAAGUUGGAUGUGUUACACUCUAUUACUUGCAAGUUGUAGCAAAUUAACACACUAUUUAUCUGAAUAUAUAAAUACUAUUGUUGUCAGGAUUUGUCUGGUCAACUAUUAGUAAGAAAGUGGCCAUGAUCAGAGUUAUAUUUAUAGUUCAAAAUCCUUAGUGUGUGGUUUUGUAAAAUAUAUCAGAAUUGUCAUCAUCAGCAUGCUAUAACAUGUUUUAUGUGAAUAAAAAGUAAAUGAGACAAUAAAGUUUCCAUCAUGUGUUGA